AUGUCCUCCGAACGUAUCCCACCAUUUCCCGAGGAUGUAAGGGUACUGAUCGUAGAGAGAUACUGCCCUCCAGAAAUCAGAAACCAAAUCCUGUUGAGUGCAAGCAACCGGGCCUGCCUGAUCAGACCAUAUAUUGGCCGCAGGCGAACCUACGGAACGGCAAUGAACGCAAGGUCGAGAUUCAGAGGCUUUUCGCUGCAGAACUACCCACUCCAUUUGGAUCAAAUGGUUGAACUGGGGAUUCCUUCCACUCACAUCGAACGCUAUGCUGCCAUGAUGGGGGAGGCAUUAGCUACUCUGCACUGGCUGGGCGAGAUUGACGGGAACGACGUCGAAUUCGUUCUGGCUCCACCCCCGAGGAACGAUGACUGCACCACUACCGUGACAAAUGUCUUGGGGGAGCACACGCUCUGGAUUCUGGAUUUUGAUCUUUGUCGAUCCAUGGCCAUGGAUCUGGAAGGCGUCAAGCAAGCUGCCAACGCAUUUUGCAGAAAUGAUCCCUUCUAUCCACGGCCACACACAGAUCAGUGGAUCGCCUUUAGCCGGCAGUACUUGCAGACCUCUGCGGAUUUGGCACAUAGCUUUCAUGAGGACGAGGCAGAGAGUCGACUCGGCCUUGCGAGAAAGUUCAUAGAGUUGCUCGAGACCAAGAAGUAA